CGCAAAUAGUUUUGCAAAGACAAGCAAAUUGAAGCCAGGAUGGAAGAUCAAGAGGAGGUGUUGGUGGCUUUGAUCAAUCACCGCACCCGCGAAGUCCAACAUCUCCGUCAACGCAUUUCCUAUUACACAUCUAAGCUAGAGGAAGCGGAAAAAAGGCUGAAAGACUCUGAAUCUCAAUUGGCUCGCCUUCGAGGGCAAGCUAAUGGGGUAUCAUCUGGAAGUUGCUUAGAUGAUACAACAAAAACUGUGAAGAUUGAGCGCAGAUCAAUCAGCCCCAUUCAUAGAAAUGAAGGUCCUUCAAUAAUCCAGCAUAAUUCUAAACCAAAACUUCUUAUUCCUGACGUAAUCCCACCAUCUUCCCAAAAUAUACCAUUGCAAAGGACUUCGGAGAAAGCUUCAGUAAGUACUGAUUCUCAAUCCAGUCCAUCAUCCUCCAGUCAUGCAAUUAUUGGUGCUAAAGUAAAAGAGGAAAAAUCUCAAGAAGUUUCUACUGAUGAGGAAAUCAAUGAAAUCAAGUAUAGAGGCACAAAAAGGAAGUUAGAGCAUAAAGAACACAAUGAAUUGAUUCCUCUAAUAGGCAGUAGUACAUCACCACGCUUAGUACGCUGUAAAUCAAGCAGCCUUAUCCCAAGUCAACACAAGAGAAAGUUGCGUAGUCUUGCUUCGUGUCCUGUGAAUGACCAUCUUUUUGCAACCAGUGCUUUGGAUGGAGUGGUCAAGUUGUGGAGCUUUCAGUCUAAUGGAUCAGGAGUGUCUUUGCUUAGCUCUACUGAUUGUGUAUCCCUAAAACAGAGGAGAUGGCCAGAAGAUAUAGCUUGGCAUCCCGAUGGAAGUAGCCUGUAUUCUGUUUACACUGCUGAUGUUGGAGAAUCUCAAAUAUCAGUUAUAAAUCUGAAAAGAAAGCAAGGGAGAGGAUGUGUGAAUUACUUAGAGGACAAGCCUCAUUCUAAGGGUGUCAUAAAUGGCAUUGUUUUUACGCCCUGGGAAGAUACCUGUUUUGUGACCGGGGGAUCUGACCAUGCUGUUAUUCUUUGGAGUGAGGAUAGUGAGAAAAUAUGGAAGCCAAAAACAUUGCACCAGAAUCUCCAUUCGUCUGCUGUCAUGGGUGUCGCUGGUAUGCAGCAGAAGCAGAUUGUAUUGUCUGCUGGUGCAGACAAAAGAAUUUUUGGGUUUGACACUCAUGCAGGAAGAGAGCAUUUCAAAAGUCUGAUCGAUAGUAAAUGCAUGAGUGUCCUGCCAAAUCCAUGUGACUUCAAUUUAUUUAUGGUUCGAACGGGGACUCCAGAGAAGCAGCUUCGUUUAUUUGAUAUCAGAUCAAGAACGGCAGAGCUGCAUGCUUUUGGUUGGAAGCAAGAAAGCAGUGAAUCUCAAUCAGCUCUCGUAAAUCAGGCAUGGUCUCCUGAUGGGCUGUAUAUAACAUCUGGUUCCGCAGACCCAGUGAUUCACAUUUUUGAUAUUAGGUAUAAUGCUCACAAGCCGACAUACUCAGUCAGUGCUCAUCAGAAACGAGUUUUUAAAGCUGUGUGGCUCAAGUCUAUUCCAGUUCUUAUCUCCAUAUCAUCUGAUUUGAAUAUCGGAUUGCACAAGAUUAAGUGAUCUCGUCUUGGCCUUGGCUAAUCAUGGUCAUGAAGCUUUAUGUGCUGAUUCUACAUGAUAUAAAUAUUUUGGGCUAGCACUGGAAAAUGGUAGAAUUGGGAGGAGUAUGGGAUAUAUUUUGAAGUCUCAUUUAAA